CUCGCGCUUGCGGCGGUGCGUGCCGGCGACGACAAGAAGGCGCAGGGGAUAUCCGCGCUGCGGGUGGGGCACCUGACGUCGGCGACGAGCUACUUUGUGACGAUGCAGGGCAGCAGCCGAGCCCAGAUCGACGCCAUCGUUAAGAGCGUCGAGUCCGAGAUGAGCGAGCGGUUUGGCCGCGUCGGCAGCCGGCAGGGCAAGGCCGGCAGCGGGUGGGUCUGCCUCGACUUUGACGAGGUCGUGGUGCACGUGUUUGCGCAGGCGGAGCGCGACUACUACGCGGUCGAGUCCUUCUGGGCGGGCGGUCAGCCUCUCGACCUC